AUGCGGGCGAUGCGCGUGCGGCUCCUUCCGCGUUCUGGCGCCUCUGCGUGCCGCAGCACCUUGAAACCUUUGCGUCCUCAAGCCCUCGCACUGGCGAAUGCGGUGCCGACGCGACGCAGUUUCUCCUUCAGCACCACGUACCCCACGCCCAGUGAAUCCGCGGCCGUGGAUGACACGGAUGACAAAUCCGCGCCUCGGUUGGUCUGCGGCAAGUGCAACACGACUCUGAGCGCCACGAAGGACCUCGUCUUCUUCAAAUGGAGGAAUGGGAUCCACGUAUCUAGUGCGACGGACGAACCGCUCAAGAACUUGUUCCCAGAAGAGUCAGUGGAGGAAGUGGAUUCGAGCUGGAGGAAGCACAAGAUGCUGUGCAUCAAGUGCAACUACCAGGUCGGCACGCUGGCGCGGAUCUUUUCGUCGGACAAGGUCCUGUUCAGCUCGUCGUGCGUGGCGGUGCAAAUGCCGGAGGACCAGUCGCCGUUGAUUUCGUUGUCGGGGUACCCUUCCUCGCUGCUCAGUUUUACGAUGUGGUCGGAGUUGAUCCUGAUGGCGGAGACGCAGCCCAAGCUUAAGGACUUGUUGCAGAUCCGCCGAGUCGACAACAUCCAGGAGUAUACCUCGGAUAAUGCACAACUGAACCGCAAACUGCUGAUGGCGAAGGACUUGCAAGAGCUACUGCGAAUGGUGGAGGAAAAUGUCUUCGACUUGAACCAAUACAACAUCCGAACGGCGAUCGACCGUGCUGGCCGGUUUGUGGCAACGCGAACGACGCGAGCGAAUUUGCUGACUGUCAGUCACAUCGACAGUACAAGCAAAUCGGAAGCGCCUGAAGACGAUCUACUCGCAGUUCCGUCGCCAGCAUUGUUCCCUAAAUGGUCGGCCAAGCCGAACGCGUUGGAUACGAAGAGAUUCUGGAAGCUGAUCGACGAGACUGAAAAACUGGUGAAUUUCGGCAUUGCCGCCUUUAAAACGGGCAGUGCGAUGUCCAAUAUCACGACGGCACUGAUGCGCCUGGGCGUCGGUCGCACCUCGAUUUUGCAGCCUGUUGCGGCGCAGACUGUGUAUAUGUUGCAAAGUGAGAACCCAAAAAUUAGCGCACAUGAAGCAUGCAUGGUGGUAACGGCAGUAGCCCAUUUGCUGCCGAGGGAAAGCCGCAGGCAGGAAUGGGUUGUGGAGGCUUUGCGAGCCACAAGCAAGUCGAUUUUGGCCGAGUUAGACGCCGAAAACACAAGUGCAGAGGAAAAGCAGCGAGCCGCAGAGGUGCUUGUGCCGCUUGCUCGAUCCUUCUUGUUUGUGGAGAGCUUCGACGAGGAUCUAUUCCGACGAAUGUUUAAGGAGGUGAACUCUGGCGCGCUGGACAAGCUGAAUAAGCCGCCAUUCAAGCUUCGAGUCCUCAAGUCAAAGCUGUACCAGGUUCAUCUGGAUUGCGAGCUCUACGACCGACCCAGCGAAUUUCGAUUGUCACCGGCGUUGAAGGAUGAGUGCAAGCGCGUGUUCGACGCCCACCAGAAGAAGGGCAAGAGCUCUUCCUUCCGCCUGCACCACCUUGUCUCUACGGCGCUGGAUGAGAUCGGAAUGCAAAACGAGACCUCGUACGCUACGGAGACGGGCUAUCACCUCGAUGUCGUGGCGCCGAAGCAGAAGAUCGCUAUUGAGCUCAACCCGUCAGACUGCUACCAGGCACUGGAACCUGGCAACGAAGACAAGGAUCCCAAAACCUUCGGGUUCGUGGAUUUGAAGGCGCGGCACCUCGAGAUGUUGGGCUGGACCGUCAUCCAGCUGCACGCCGACCAAUUCCAGCAGCUCGAAACGCUAGAGGACCGUGUGAUGCACCUUAGUAUGCUCUUAGAAAUCGCCACCUGUCGCGAGCAGAAGGCAACCGCGGCUUUCCGGGCGCAGUCCAAAGCCAAGAAGUGA